GUAGAGCCAGUGAAAAUUCUGUAUGUAUGCAUCUUAAAAAUAUAAUUUAAAUUUUUAUGAUAAUAAUGAUGAUGACGGUAUUUGUAUAUUGGCACAAUGCCGUAAGAGACAUAGCCAACAGCAAAAAAGAAGGAAGAAAAAUAAGAAUAUUUAAAAACGUUAUCUGACGUUGUGGCUGAAUAUCGAGCUAGGUAUUUUUUGAAACAAGUUACUGUGUGUACAAUGGCGUCUGUGAUAUGAGUUUGAAGCCGCGCUCGAAGCCGCGGGUCGAUCAAGAAAGAGGCAGUGUGAGUGGUGCGUGGGGCGUGACCGUUCGGCUGAUACAUUAACCGGAUUAAAAAUGACGCUAUGUAUUAAAAUCGGACUGCCGAAAAUCUGAAAAGAUGAGAUAGACUCCGGUUCAUAGGGAGAAUAAAAAGAAUCAAAUUUGAAAUCAUAAAUCGGAGGUGAAAAUGACACUCUACGAAUCUGAGAACACUAAAUUACUUUGCGGCGCUAUACUCUAAAAUGACCUUAAACGCUGAUUAAUCUACAGUCGGGCUCUAUCUCAGAAUCCAGUUGAAUUUUGCUUUUUUAAUGUCGUAUUCGACACUCUAAACGGCAGUAACAUUUGCAAAGUUAUUGAUGACAUUCUUCACAGAUCACACUUUGGAGUAAGAAAAUUUCUAAAUGAUAUCACCGCGAUUUAAAAUAACAGUUUCAUAAAAAUCCCAUUGCCAGAGCGACCUGAUCAAAUGCGCUUAAAGUCAUCUUCUAUUUAAUUUUUUAUAUAAUACAAUCAUCCAAGAUACAUCCAAGAUGAGUGGAAAGUAUCUAGAGAUUUACACUGGGUGCUUCAUGGCUUGGAUUUACCUGCAAGCAUCUUGGACUAUUCUGACUAGCAUCUUUUAUCAAUUCUCUGUGCCAUGGGCAAUAUGGGCUGCGUUGGUUCUCACUAUCAGUCUACAGGUGGCCAGAAUUCCACCUCCGAGUUCAGAGGUGGUCAGAGAAGUAUUAGGCGUCGAUCCUUUGAUAGAAGCCAAGGAUGAACAAGGAGGUGAUAGUCAUGGUACCUCGGAUCAUCUGUAUUGCAUGAGAGUAGUCGGACAUCGUGGGGCAGCUUUUGAUUAUCCAGAAAACAGCCUCAACGCUUUUCGAAAUUGCAAAAACAGAGGGUGCAGUGCAGUUGAAUUUGAUUUGGCAUUAACUAAAGAUGGUGUCCCAAUUAUAUUUCAUGACCUUACUAUAGAGAGACUGACAGGGAAGUCGGGAACUGUUAAAGAAAUGACUUGGAAUCAGUUGAAGGAAUUAGACAUCAGUCGAAAUCAUCCUCUGAGAGAAAAGUUUAUUGGAGAGGACAAAAUUGCUUUACUAGAAGAUGUGCUGACCGAAUGCAUCCGUAAUGAUCAGCGAAUGUUCAUCGAUAUCAAAGAAAAGAGCCUUGAAAUAGUACAAGUCAUUCUGGAUGCAUAUAACAAGCAUCCCAGUCUUUUCAAAAGAGCUGUAGUAACCAGUUUCAAUCCAAUCAUUAUUUACUUGAUCAGAAGAAAAAAUCCAAAAAUCGUGUGCAGUAUAGCCUGGAGGCCUCAACUCAUAUCGCGAAAAUCAUAUCAAGGUUUGGAAGGUCCGGGUCUACCGCGCUUCUCUAAUCCCUUCAAACAUGCAUUGGCUGCUAUUGUAGACUGUCUACAUAGCUGGGCUUUGCCACGGUUCACUUAUCAUUUACUGGGCCUGUCUGCAAUAUUGUUGCAUAAAGACAUCGUCACCCCGGAAGUGGUGAGGAAAUGGAACGUGCGUGGUGUUCGGGUGAUUGUUUGGAACGUGAAUCUACCCUCAGAAAAGCUUCAUUAUUCUAGACUCCUCAAGGUGACAUAUUUGACGGAUACUUUGAUAGGAGAAAAAAGUGCGUGAUGAAGCCUUUACCAAAUUACUGUACGAUAAUACUAAAUGAUAAAUUUGUAUGAUAUGAAAGAUCUGAUUAUAGAUCUGGCAGCUACCCAAGCUAGCGACAAUUUGAAGUAUUUUCAAGUAGGUAAUAAUAUUUGUUAUUUUGUAACCACUUGCAUUUCAACAAUCAGUAUUAUACAACUCGACAUUAUUUUCAUAGCAUAUACAUAUAUAUAUCUGCAUAUGUAUAUAUACAUAUAUUUAGACCUAUGUAUACUGCAUUAGUCCAUAUUAUUUAUAUUUAAAGCUUUCUUUUUAUACACAUGCAUAAAUUCAGCAAAGACAAAAAAAUAUCCGAGAGUGCUGGCACUGGAAUAUCUAAUCGAACAAUAGAUACUAAAUUAAGAAUUACCAUUUCAAGUACAAUUUUAAUUUUGAAAUUCCUAAGUAUUUUAGAAUUGAAAUGUUUAUGAAAUAAACUCUAGCCCCGUUUAUGCUGCUAAACUUUUUUUUACAAAUCUAUUUAUAUUUUAUAUUGACUCUUGUCAUCAAGUUAUUUAAUCACUCAGAGAGCUUGAAUGAUGAUGUAUACAUGCCAUGUUGAUAUCAAAGGUAACAUAGUAUGAAAUAUAAGCUAUCCAGCAGAAAAAUAA